AUGCCUUCGUCGACAAGAGACAGUGCUGUUCCCGGAGGUGUCUGGUGUCCCGUGGUAUCGCUAUACAAAAACACGCCUCGUCAAGAAGUCGACCUCGAAGCCUCGCGGAAAUAUUUUGCCUUCUUGAUUCAAGGAGGGGUCAGCGGCCUCGUGCUCCAAGGUUCUACAGCAGAAGCCGCACUUCUAUCGCCGUCGGAACGCGUAGACCUGAUCAAGACUGCUCGACAGGCAGCGGCAGAUGUCGGCAAGCCCAAUUUUCCGUUGAUGGUUGGCAUCAGUGGUCAAUCCACAAACGAGACCCUGCAGCUGGUCGAUGAUGCGGCCAAGAAUGGAGCAGACUUUGGCUUAUUGCUUCCACCAUCUUACUGGCCAAAGGCCGUCACCAACGAUGUGAUUGUCGAGUUCUACGAGGAAGUGGCAGAUAACAGCCAGAUCCCAAUCGUAGUCUACAACGUACGUGUUCAACUUGCAGCCAUGAGCCAAACACUGACAGAACGCAGUUCNCCUGGUGUGACCAGUGGCAUCGAUCUCGGUGUCGAUGUGCUUUCGAGACUGGCCAAACACCCAAACAUCGUCGGAGUCAAACUCACAUGCGCCAAUGCCGGUAAAGUCGCUACACUGACUGCGCAAUACACGCCAGAUCAAUUCGCAGUGUUGUCCGGUCAAUCGGACUGGCUGCUUCCGUGCCUGAUCAGUGGCGGUAUGGGCUGUGUCACAGGCAUCGGCAACGUGUUUCCUAGAUCAGUAGUAAAGUUGUAUUCGUUAUGGCAGGAAGGGAAGAUGGACGAAGCUCGUCAACUUCAGGGCCAGGUCGCGCAAGCGGAAUCUGCUUGCAAGAAGGGUCUUGCUACGACAAAGUACGGAACAGCGUACUUUGCCGGACCAGCAGCAGGACUCAAUGACCAGAGCUUAUUCUUACCGCGAAAGCCGUACAAGCUGGCGUCGAAAGAUUUGCAAGGGUCGACGAUCUCUACUAUGCAGAUUCUGGCAGAUUUGGAGGCCUCGUUGAUGAAGAGUAGAUGA